GUCGACAUCAGGACAAUUCGAUGCAUACGCGCUCGCUCGCUUGCGAUCCAUGCGGACUAAUACGCUAUAGACGCAUAUGUCGAAGACUGAAACAGGCAGGUGCCCCUACGGCGGCGCUUUAGCGACGAGGACGCCGGCGGCUACCCAUCGGGAGAACUCGACAGCGUUGCUCUGCGAUUCAGCCCCAGGCCCAGGUACCGCGGCUGGAAGACGCUUCUCGUGGGUUGCUAUCAUGGUUACUUAAUGCACCUUGCCGUCUAUCUUCCCCGGAUGAGCGUCCCUGCAUGCAUAUAAGUAUCGCGAACUAGUAGUGUGGGCCGGCGGCACGCGACUGCAUUCCUUUACUCGGCAUUGCUCUGGCAGGAAUAUGGGAGCGCACUCGGUCACCUCUGUCGCCGCCCUGGUCGCGUUCUGCUGGUUGGUGGUGAAGACGCUCAGGAUCGGGAGGCGGCGCGCUGGUCUGCCUCCUGGCCCGCCGACGGUGCCGCUCCUCGGAAACAUGCACAUGUUCCCGACGCAAUUCCCUCAGCUGAAGUUGGCCGAGUGGGCGCGGGAGUAUGGCGACAUCUAUUCGCUGACUCUGGGCCCUGGAGAACUCAUCGUCGUCUCGAGCGCCGCCGCUGCCCGCGAGCUGCUCGAUCGGCGCAGUGCGUCGACCGUCGACCGGCCUCCGAACCACUUCAAUCUUAUGGCCAGCGACGGUCUCAACUUCGUCGUCUCGCAGUACUCGGAUCAAUGGCGGACGCUCCGACGGGCGGCGAACUCGGUGUUGACUCCACAGGUAGCCGCGCGCCAUGUGCCUAUACAGCGAGCGGAAUCGUUCCAGCUCAUGUACGAUUUGUUGCAUACCCCAGAGAAAGCGUGGUGGCACUUCAGAAGGACGACGAACUCUGCUGUCAUGUCUGUUCUCUAUGGGAAGCGUGCACCGAGGUAUGAUACCCGAGAGAUCCACGAGCUGUUCGGCGCCCUGUAUCUCGAGGUCAAGCUGUACGAUCCUGGAGCACAUCCGCCGGUGGACCUCAUUCCCAUACUCAAGUACGUUCCGGAGCGGUUCGCGCCGUGGAAGCGCAUAUGUCGGCAGAUCCAGGAGAAGCAGCGCACGCUCCAGCACGAGCUACUGCAAGAGUGCGAGGAGAGGGUAGCGAGGGGCCAGGACGUCGCGGAAGAGUGCUUCAUGGACCAGAUUGUGCGCAGGCGGGAAGAGCUCGGGUUGACGAGGGACAUGGCUGCUGCUUUGGGAGGCUUCUUGCUCGAAGCAGGGAGCGACACCACGUCCACCUUCUUGCAGACGUUCAUCCUUUUGCUGACCGCUCACCCGGAGGUUCAAAAGAAGUUGCACGAGGAGAUGGACUUGGUGGUCGGCGUUCAGCGAGUUCCAACCCCGGACGACUUUGAGCACAUGCCAUACCUUCAGGCAUGCAUCAGGGAAGCGCAUCGAUACAGACCCAUAGUUCCUUUGGGCCUCCCACAUGCAGCCCUGACAGACGAGGUGUACAGAGAAUAUUUGAUCCCGAAGGGAUGCGGCAUCCUGGUCAACCAAUGGGCCAUCUAUCAUGACCCCGAAGUGUUCGAGAGCCCGGAACUGUUUGUGCCGGAGCGCUUCCUGAAGUCCGAGUUCGGUACGCGACCCGGCGUGGACGAUACAGACUUCAGGCACACGAUGCUCUUUGGAUUUGGGAGGAGGAUAUGUCCCGGAAGACAUGUCGCCGAUCAUGCCAUCAUGGUGAACACGAUGGCACUCGCGUGGGGCUUUGACUUUAAGCCCCUUCUGAACGAAGUGACUGGGACGCCGGAAGUCGUGGACACUUGGGCAUACGAAGUGGGCGCCAUGUCGACUCCGAAGCCGUUCGAGUUUUCGAUCAAGCCACGCAGCUCAGCGCACGAGCAGAUCAUUCGCGCAGAAUUCGCUCGAGCCUUGCCAUCGUUCGCGGCGUACGAACACUUCCUCAACGCCGAGGAGAAGGAAUGGCUGGCCCAUACUCGGAAAGACGAAGGUUUGUGUGCUUGAGACAUGUUUUGGUUGAUGUUGUAGCAGGUCCGACGGCGACAAAAUGGGAUUGGGCGAUCAGGAGCACUGUUGUUGUAAUCCGCGCAGAUCCGCAGUACGUAUCCAAUUGUAGCGACUAGUCUUAACGUGUUGUCAUGAGAGUGACUGGGUCGCCGCGAUCGCCGAAUUUGAGAC